AUGGCCAUGCUCGGGCACAGCAUGAAGCAGCUGAUCGGGGUCGACGAGGUCGUGGCCGCCCCGGGUUUCGAAAUCAUAUCAACUCUUGCGUACUCCCAUGGGAUGCCUCGUAACCCGGCGGUGCCCGACGAGGAAGUCGACGAGGCGCCGCAGUGCUACCUCCUCCAGCACGCCAUCGACCGCCUGCUACUGGCCGCCAAGGAGCUCAAGUGGACGAGUGUGGUGUCCUGGCUCAGCAGUCCCAAGGCGCACCAGGUCCUCCUCCGCGAGAUCGAGAGCCAUCUGCGCUGGGAGCACGUCGACCCGACCGCGCCAGAUCGGCUCUUCAUCGUGCGCGUGUCGUUCAAGGUCGACGGCCAACUGACCCUGAUGUCUGGUCAGCGUCCGAUCGUCCCCGCCAUUCCCAUGUACCCGACUACGUUACCGCUGCCCAACAAGAAGAUGUCCAAGCAAGUCCCCAUAGUGCCAGUCUACGUCGACCACGGCUUCAUGGUGCCGUCGCUUCUGACGCGCCACAAGACGACAUACCGACAACCAUACUCGGAGGCUCGGGCCCGUGUGGGGUUGCACCCCACGACACCCUUUACUCAGGGCGAGGUGCUGCUUGUUAAUACCGAGGGCGAGGUCAUGGAUGGGGGCUUCACGACGGUGUACUUUUGGCGGCAGGAUGAUUGUGGCCUAUGGGGUUGGAGGACGCCGCGCGAGGAGAGCGGCGCCAAGCUCGGGGUGUCAAGGAGAUGGGCGCUGGAGCGUGCCGGCGUGACAGAGGGUCUGAUUGUGGUCAAGGACGUUGUCGAUGGGGAGAGGGUCUGGUUGAGUUCGGCAGCCGGAGGAUUUGUGCGGGGUAAGAUCACGUUUGAGAGACACAUGGAAGACUCGUCUACUUCGGAUGCGGGCGUAUAA